UCGCUUCCCACCGGGACUUCGGAUGUGGGCACCUCCUUCAGCGUCAUGGGGCGUCGGUAUAAAAGGAGGCGCAAGAAACGCUCUGAGAGGAAAGACAGAAACAGUCUCCGCCAGUCAAGAAACCCUCAAAAGUCUUUUGCCAUGGAUUUAGAAGAUGAAGAAAACAUGAGUUCCAGCAGCACUGACGUUAAGGAAAACCGUAAUCUGGACAACGUGCCCCCCAAGGACGGCAGCGCACCGGGGCCUGGCGAGGGCGCGCAGCUCUCCAAUGGGGGCGGCGGUGGCACCAGCAGGAAGCGGCCCCUGGAGGAGGGCAACAACGGCCACUCCAAGUACCGCCUGAAGAAACGGAGGAGAACCCCGGGGCCCGUCCUCCCCAAGAACGCCCUGAUGCAGCUGAACGAGAUCAAGCCGGGCCUGCAGUACACGCUGCUGUCCCAGACCGGGCCCGUGCACGCGCCCCUGUUCGUCAUGUCUGUGGAAGUGAACGGGCAGGUCUUUGAGGGCUCCGGCCCCACAAAGAAAAAGGCAAAACUCCACGCCGCCGAGAAGGCCUUGAGGUCGUUUGUGCAGUUUCCCAAUGCGUCCGAAGCCCACCUGGCCAUGGGGAGAACCCUGUCUGUCAACACGGACUUCACGUCCGACCAGGCCGACUUCCCCGACACGCUCUUCAACGGCUUCGAGACUCCGGACAAGUCGGAGCCGCCCUUUUACGUGGGCUCCAACGGGGACGACUCCUUCAGCUCCAGCGGGGACCUCAGCUUGUCGGCUUCCCCGGUGCCUGCCAACCUCGCCCAGCCUCCGCUCCCCGUCCCGCCGCCGUUCCCGCCCCCCAGCGGGAAGAACCCGGUGAUGAUCUUGAACGAGCUGCGCCCGGGACUGAAGUACGACUUCCUCUCCGAAAGCGGGGAGAGCCACGCCAAGAGCUUCGUCAUGUCCGUGGUUGUGGACGGGCAGUUCUUUGAGGGCUCGGGGAGGAACAAGAAGCUUGCCAAGGCCCGGGCCGCGCAGUCUGCCCUGGCCACCGUUUUUAAUUUGCACUUGGACCAAACGCCGUCCCGCCAGCCCAUCCCCAGUGAGGGUCUGCAGUUGCACUUGCCACAGGUGCUAGCGGACGCCGUCUCCCGCCUGGUCCUGGGUAAGUUUGGUGACCUGACCGACAACUUCUCCUCCCCUCACGCUCGCAGAAAAGUGCUCGCUGGAGUCGUCAUGACGACAGGCAGCGACGUUAAAGAUGCCAAGGUGAUCAGUGUUUCUACAGGAACGAAGUGCAUUAACGGCGAAUACAUGAGUGACCAUGGCCUUGCUCUAAACGACUGCCAUGCAGAAAUCAUAUCUCGCAGAUCCUUGCUCAGAUUUCUUUACACGCAACUUGAGCUUUACUUAAAUAACAAAGAUGAUCAAAAGAGAUCCAUCUUUCAGAAAUCUGAGCGAGGAGGGUUUAAACUGAAGGAGAACGUCCAGUUUCAUCUGUAUAUCAGCACCUCUCCCUGUGGAGAUGCUAGAAUCUUCUCACCACAUGAGCCAAUACUGGAAGAGCCAGCGGACAGGCAUCCAAAUCGCAAAGCAAGAGGACAGCUUCGGACCAAAAUAGAGUCUGGGGAGGGGACGAUCCCAGUGCGAUCCAACGCCAGCAUCCAGACGUGGGACGGGGUGCUGCAGGGGGAGAGGCUGCUCACCAUGUCCUGCAGCGACAAGAUCGCGCGCUGGAACGUGGUGGGCGUGCAGGGCUCGCUGCUCAGCGUCUUCGUGGAGCCCAUCUACUUCUCCAGCAUCAUCCUGGGCAGCCUGUACCACGGCGACCACCUCUCCAGGGCCAUGUACCAGCGCAUCUCCAACAUAGAGGACCUGCCGCCCCUCUACACCCUCAACAAGCCCCUGCUCAGCGGCAUCAGCAACGCGGAAGCACGGCAGCCGGGCAAGGCGCCCAACUUCAGCGUCAACUGGACGGUGGGCGACUCAGCCAUCGAGGUCGUCAACGCCACCACUGGGAAGGACGAUCUGGGCCGCCCGUCCCGCCUGUGCAAGCACGCGCUGUACUGCCGCUGGAUGCGCGUGCACAGCAAGGUCCCCUCGCACCUACUGCGCUCCAAGAUCACUAAACCCAACAUGUACCACGAGUCCAAGCUGGCAGCCAAGGAGUACCAGGCCGCCAAGGCGCGUCUGUUCACGGCCUUCAUCAAGGCGGGGCUGGGCGCCUGGGUGGAGAAGCCCACGGAGCAGGACCAGUUCUCGCUCACGCCUUGACCGCGAGCACCACGGGGGCUGGGGGUCCUGGCGUCGGCCCCCAGAGCCUCACGUCUGAACCGGGGCAGUGGCUCACCCUGGGGAGGGCUCGGGGGCGUCCAGAGUCGUCCCGGCAUCUCACAUCUGGACCGGGCACCGCCUGGGGGGGCGUGGGGGCACGUGGGACCCGCGUCACCGCGCCACACCUCUCUGCCACCGCACUUCCCCUUCGAGCUGUCCAGCGGCCGCUUUCGAUCUCCGUUUACGUCUAGGGAUUGAGUUCUACUGAGUAGGGCUUCCUUAAGUUUAGGAAACUAGAAACUGUGUGAAAUUCUUGAAUAAAUAAUUUAUUCAGAGCUA